CUCGCUCCGCUCCGCUCCGCGCCCCGGCCCCGGCCCCGGCCCGCCCCGGCCCCUCCAUGCGCCUGGCCACCAUGAUCAAGAAGCUGUGCCCCGGCGAGCCCGAGCUGAGCAUCCCGGCCAAGAACUGCUACCGCAUGGUGGUGCUGGGCUCGUCCAAGGUGGGCAAGACGGCCAUCGUGUCCCGCUUCCUGACGGGCCGCUUCGAGGAGCAGUACACGCCCACCAUCGAGGACUUCCACCGCAAGUUCUACAGCAUCCGCGGCGAGGUCUACCAGCUCGACAUCCUGGACACGUCGGGCAACCACCCCUUCCCCGCCAUGCGCCGCCUCUCCAUCCUCACAGGAGACGUGUUCAUCCUGGUGUUCAGCCUGGACAACCGGGACUCCUUCGAGGAGGUGCAGCGCCUGAAGCAGCAGAUCCUGGAGACAAAGUCGUGCCUGAAAAACAAGACCAAGGAGAACGUGGACGUGCCCCUGGUCAUCUGUGGCAACAAGGGGGACCGCGACUUCUACCGGGAGGUGGAGCCCCGCGAGAUCGAGCAGCUGGUGGGCGAAGACCCCAAGAAGUGCGCUUACUUCGAGAUCUCGGCCAAGAAGAACAGCAGCCUGGACCAGAUGUUCCAGGCCCUCUUUGCCAUGGCCAAGCUGCCCAGCGAGAUGAGCCCCGACCUGCACCGCAAGGUCUCGGUGCAGUACUGCGACAUGCUGCACAAGAAGACUCUCAAGGGCAAAAAGCUGCUAAAAGAAGGGGCGGGGGGCAGCGACGGGGAAGCCUACGGCAUCGUGGCCCCCUUUGCCCGCCGGCCCAGCGUGCACAGCGACCUCAUGUACAUCCGGGAGAAGGCCAUCGGGGGCGCACAGGCCAAGGACAAGGAUCGCUGUGUCAUCAGCUAGGAGCCCUUUUCCCGGCUCCCCCCCAGAUCCAAGAAAUGGGGGGUGGGUGAAUAGCUUUGUUUCAUAAUAAACUGGCUGCCCAGGGAGGCAAAGUGGCAUCUGCCCCAGGGUGGGGCAGGGAACCUCUGUCUCCUUCCCCUAAGGGACGAUUUUCAUCUGCUCCCUCCCACAUUUUUUUAUUUUGGUGGGGUUGGGGGGGCCGCUGCUGGAGCCUCUUCCGCAAUGGGGGAGAGGCCGAGGAGGAUUAUGGAGAGCAGCCUGAUGCAAUGGGCUGGGAAUGGAAAGAAGCCGUCUCCAGCGCAUCUUCCUGAGCUGCCCGGCGCAGGGCAAUGCCUUGCCUUCGCUCUACGGAAGAGACCUGGGGAGAAGGGGGUGGAAAAGACUUGAAAAUCCAGCCUGCGUGAACACUUUCCAGGGACCGUGCUGUGUGGCUGUGUGCAUUUGUGUGUGCAGAAUCCACCCCUGCGUUCCUGCAGACACCUGGCAGGUCCCCCCGCUGUCCGCUCACCCGAGCAGAGGGCAGGGUGGCGGGGGCGGGGGGUCACAAAUGGACUUUUGUUUACAUUUGUCUUGUCUGAUUUGCAAAAAAAGGGAAAAAAAGAAAAAAAAGCAUUUGUUUUUUAUAUAUAAAA